GCACCAGCAAGCAACCUUCUUCCCCAAUUCACUGCUUGGGCAACGAUACAAUCAGCAAUCGCGAUCCUAGAGUCCGUCGGGGAUCCUCGGCCGGCGGUGAUAGCCGGCGAUGGCGAGCGUCUACAUCCCGGUGCAGAACUCCGAGGAGGAAGUGCGCGUGGCCCUCGACCAACUCCCCCGCGACGCCUCAGACAUCCUCGAUAUCCUCAAGGCCGAGCAGGCUCCCCUCGAUCUCUGGCUUGUCAUCGCGAGAGAAUACUUUAAGCAAGGCAAGGUUGAGCAAUUUCGGCAGAUUUUGGAGGAAGGGUCUAGUCCGGAGAUUGAUGAAUACUAUGCUGAUGUUAAGUAUGAACGGAUUGCCAUCCUGAAUGCCUUGGGAGCCUACCAUACCUACCUGGGAAAGAUUGAGACGAACAGAAGAGAGAAGGAUGAGCAUUUUGCUGCAGCAACUGAUUAUUACAACAGAGCUGCAAGAAUUGACCCUUAUGAACCUUCUACAUGGAUCGGAAAAGGCCAACUUUGUGUUGCUAGAGGUGAAUUAAGCAAAGCAUCCGAUAACUUUAAAAUUGUUUUGGAUACCGAUCCUAAUAGUGUGCCAGCUCUCGUUGCAAAGGCCUGCAUUGAGUUUAAUAAUGGGGAGAAUGAAGAUCAGUACAAGAAAGCUUCUGAGUCAUAUAAGAGCUCUUUAGAAUUAUUUAAGAAAGCUUUGCAAAUCCAUCCUGGGUGUCCUGCGGCAGUGAGACUUGGUAUUGGUCUUUGCCGCUACAGGCUAGGUCAGUUUGAAAAAGCUAGGCAAGCUUUUCAGCGAGUUCUACAGUUAGAUCCAGAAAAUGUUGAGGCUUUGGUGGCUCUUGGAAUCAUGGACUUACAAUCAAGCGAAGUUCAUGGGAUUUGGAAAGGAACGGAGAAAAUGCAAAGAGCUUUUGAGAUAUAUCCUUACUGUGCUAUGGCCUUGAACUAUCUGGCAAAUCACUUUUUCUUUACUGGUCAGCAUUUCCUGGUGGAGCAGUUAACUGAGACUGCUCUUGCUGUGAGCAACCAUAAGUUGAUGAAAGCACAUUCCUACUACAACCUUGCAAGAUCAUAUCACAGCAAGGGAGAUUUUGAUAAAGCUGCAAGGUAUUAUAUGGCAUCUGUCAAGGAAAUCAACAGGCCUCAAGACUUUGUUCUGCCUUAUUAUGGACUUGGACAAGUCCAGUUGAAGUUGGGUGAUCUUAGAAGUGCACUUUCAAGCUUUGAAAAGGUCUUGGAGAUUCACCCGGAAAAUUGUGAUAGCCUUAAAGCUGUUGGACACAUUUAUGUUCAGCUUGGUCAAAAUGAUAAGGCCUUGGAGACCUUUCGCAAAGCCGCACGGAUUGACCCGAAAGAUGCUCAGGCAUUUAUGGAGCUAGGAGAGUUGCUUACAUUAUCAGAUGCAGUGGCUGCUUUGGAUGCACUCAAAACUGCUCGCACACUGAUUAAGAAAGGAGGUGAAGAAGUACCUGUUGAAUUGCUCAACAACAUAGGUGUUCUUUACUUUGAAAGAGGAGAAUUUGAGUUUGCUGAACAAACUUUCAAGGAGGCUUUAGGAGAAGGUAUUUGGCUCUCUCUUCUGGAUGGACAGAAUUCUGUCGUGGAUCCCAGUGCCUAUUCUGUCCAGUACAAGGAUUUUACACUAUUCCAUCAACUUGAGGAAAAUGGCACAGCAUUGGAUCUUCCUUGGGACAAAGUCACAACAAUGUUUAACUAUGCCAGGUUAUUUGAGCAACUACAUGAUACUGAGAAAGCUAGCAUUUUAUACAGGCUGAUCCUGUUCAAGUAUCCAGAAUAUAUUGAUGCUUAUCUGAGACUUGCUGCCAUGGCCAAAGCUCGGAACAAUAUACAAUUAAGCAUUGAAUUGAUAGGAGAGGCUCUUAAAAUUGAUGACAAAUGCCCCAAUGCUCUUUCCAUGCUUGGUAAUUUGGAGCUCAAAAGCGAUGACUGGGUUAAAGCAAAAGACACCUUCCGUGCUGCCAAAGAUGCUACUGAUGGCAAAGAUUCGUAUGCCACUCUUUGUCUGGGGAACUGGAACUACUAUGCAGCCAUGCGUUCUGAGAAAAGAGGCCCGAAAUUGGAGGCUACUCACCUUGAAAAAGCUAAGGAACUGUAUACCAAAGUUUUGAUGCUACGCCAUGGAAACUUGUAUGCUGCAAAUGGUGCUGGCAUUGUGUUGGCUGAGAAAGGUCAAUUUGAUGUUUCAAAGGAUAUAUUUACACAGGUUCAAGAAGCAGCAUCUGGAAGUAUCUUUGUUCAAAUGCCAGAUGUAUGGAUAAAUCUGGCUCAUGUUUACUUUGCCCAAGGCCAUUUUGCAUUGGCUGUGAAAAUGUAUCAAAAUUGCUUGCGGAAGUUCUAUUAUAACACAGAUACACAAGUUCUUCUAUAUUUGGCACGCACCCACUAUGAGGCUGAACAGUGGCAAGAAUGCAAGAAGACUUUGCUUAGAGCAAUUCAUUUGGCACCCUCAAAUUACACACUUCGGUUUGAUGCUGGAGUUGCAAUGCAAAAGUUUUCUGCAUCAACACUGCAGAAGACAAAAAGAACUGCUGAUGAGGUACGCUCAACAGUAACAGAAUUGAAAAAUGCUGUUCGUGUGUUCAGCCAGUUGUCUGCGGCAUGCAGUUCUCAUGCUCAUGGAUUUGAUGAGAAAAAAAUAGAGACCCAUGUUGGUUAUUGCAAGCAUUUGCUAGAUGCUGCUAAAGUUCAUUGUGAAGCAGCUGAGCGUGAUGAACAGCAGAACCGUCAAAAAUUAGAACUUGCCCGCCAGGUGUCCUUGGCCGAGGAAGCUCGGCGUAAGGCUGAAGAACAGAGAAAAUUUCAGAUUGAACGCAGAAGACAAGAGGCUGAUCUCAAACAAGCAAUACAACAAGAGGAACACUUCGAGCGUGUAAAGGAACUAUGGAAAAGUUCAAGCAACACUUCUGGCAAUAAGAGGAGGGAUAGAGAUAGGACAUUAGGUGAUGAUUCAGAGGGAGGACAUGGUGACAGGAAGAGGAGGAAAGGCAGUGGAAAGAGGAGGAGGAAGGAUAAAAAGUCUUCGCGUUAUGAAUAUGAGGAAGAAGGUGAGAUGGAGGAUGAACAUGAAAAAGCCGAGGAAGAUGAUGGACAUGCGAAUGAUCAAGAUGAUGAUGGUGCAGUCAGGACACAAGAUCAGCUUAUGGCUGCUGGCCUCGAAGAUUCUGAUGCUGAAGAUGACAUGGCUGCGCCUUCUAAUCGAAAACGGCGAGCAUGGUCGUCUGAUGAAGAUAAUGAUGACGAGCCAUCAGGGAGACAUCAUGAUUUGAGCCCUGCAGGUCGCAAAGAAGAUUCGGCUGGAAGUGAUCCUGAUGAUGCUAGAGAUACUGAGACGAGAGAUGAAAUGCAUGAACCAAACAUGGGAGCCGGCGAUGAGGAUGACGACUAAAGCUGGUUAUACAAGUAGGAGAUAAUUCAGAAUGUUUCUUGGGUAUUUAUGUGAUAACUAAAUUUAGGAAGGGAUUAACUUAUGUAAUAUAAUUAUCCUGUGUACUCUGUUGAAGUUCAAUGCCAAGUCAAUUCCUGGCUGUGGGGAUCUAUAGGUUCACCUGUUGUUCAUGGUCUCAGUCUGGUGAAUUAAAUGAUCACUGUCCACUAAUUUUGAUAUGAAUGAUUACCAAUUGUUUAUAAUGUUAGACUAUAACUUUAACAUUA